CAAUCUCUGUCUCACCCGUAUGGAUUUUUCUCUCCCUGUUUGUCUGCAUAGCUUUCAGUUUCACUUUCUUCUUUCCUAGUAGACUGAACUUCGGCUCCCCGCCCCACCCACUUCUUCCGUCACCUCGAGACAUAACCUGCUGCCUGGCUGGCUCUGCAGCAGUCAGGCCCUGACGGGACAAUGGCCUUGGUGCAGGCUCCGGGGGGCUCCAGUCCUGGGCGGACCUGUGUGCUGCUGAUCAUCACCGUGCUCCUGCAGUUCCUCUGUGUGGCCAUAACCUGCAUGUACUUCACCAACGAGCUGAAGCAGAUACAGGACAAGUACUCCAAAAGUGGCAUAGGUUGCUUCUUAAAAGAAGAUGACAGUUCUUGGGACCCCAGUGAUGAAGAGAGCAUGAUCAACCCCUGCUGGCAAGUCAAGUGGCAGCUCCGUCAGUUUAUCAGAAAGAUGAUUUUGAGAACCUAUGAGGAAACCAUUCCUACAAUUCCAGAAAAGCAACAGAACAUUCCUCACUUAGAAAGAGAAAAAGGUCCUCAGAGGGUAGCUGCUCACAUAACCGGGACCAAUCGGAGAAGAAGCACAUUCUCAGCAAUAGGCUCCAAGAAUGAAAAAUCUUUGGGCCAAAAAAUAAACUCAUGGGAGUCAUCAAGAAAAGGACAUUCAUUCUUGAAUAAUCUGCACCUGAGGAAUGGAGAGCUGGUUAUCCAUCAAACAGGGUUUUAUUACAUCUAUUCCCAAACAUACUUUCGAUUUCAAGAACCUGAAGAAAUUUUGGGAACCGCUGCAACAGAAGAGAACAGAAAGAAAAACAAACAAAUGGUACAAUAUAUUUACAAAUGCACGAGCUAUCCUGACCCUAUACUGCUGAUGAAGAGUGCUAGAAAUAGCUGUUGGUCUAAAGAUUCAGAAUAUGGGCUCUAUUCUAUCUAUCAAGGUGGAAUAUUUGAGCUCAAGGAAAAUGACCGAAUUUUUGUGUCUGUGACUAAUGAGCAAUUGAUUGACAUGGACCAAGAAGCCAGUUUUUUUGGGGCCUUUUUAAUUGGCUAAAUGAUCCACAAGAAAACAAAGUGCCAACAAAUCAUAAUAGAAUUUAUAUGGACCCAUCAAAGAACUUGAAUUACCAAA